UUGUAGUUAAGUUUUAGAAAUUCUUAUAAAUUGACAUGUUUUAAUUGAAAGAACAAUAUUUUACAAUUUUUAUUUUCUCAAAAUUUUAAGUGCACUUUUUUGGCUCUGGAAAUUUUUAUUAGUCAUCAUGGAUGAUGUUGAUUUUAGCUCACCGCCGCCCGAGACACGCACCAUUCACACCCACAACCUGAAGGACGAGCAGGUCAAGGACCUUCAGCAGGCAUUCAGCCUCUUUGACGACGAUGAUACCAAGGUUAUUCCCAUCAAGUACUUAAGGGAUAUCAUGCGAGCUGUGGCCCAUAAUCCAUCAGAGAAUGAACUGCAGGACUACAUCACCGAAAUCGAUACGGACGGAUCGGGGGAACUGUAUCUCAGCGAUUUCCUGUACAUUAUGUCCAAGCGUUAUGAGAACACAACGCCCGAGGACGAAGUUGUACUGGCGUUCCGAGUCUUUGACAAGGAUAAUACUGGUUUUAUUUCCGAGAAUCAAUUCCGUCAAAUAAUGAAUGAAUUGGGUGAAGAUAUGGACGAGGAUGAAGUGGAGGAAAUGAUACGCGAUGCAGACGCCAAUACGGAGUUGAAUAUUGACUAUGUGCGGUUUGUGACAAUGAUGAUGGAAUCGUAAGAUGAUCUUACUGGGUUUUAAAGAAGGAACUGUGCAACUAUUGGGUGCUUUUAUCAACCUGACUGAACUGAUGUUCCAAACUCGACAACCUGAUGCAGUCCUUUGUAUAUUGGAUCAAACUUUUAUUUAUUUUUACUGAAAAAAAAAUAGUUUAAAUGAAAAAUGUAAAGUCCAGAUAUAAAAUAUGAAAGAAUAGUGUAUUUUUCCUAAAA